AUGGCCGCUCACGCGGACAAGAUAAUGAAGGUCUCCCCGCCGCAAGUCGCUCCGAUUCCUGCUGCCACCUCAUUCUCCCACGCAGUUGCGUCUGGACCAGCCACUUGCGCCGUCAUUACUGACACCCAUCCUUCGAACCUCACGGGUGCUGUGGUGCAGCUGCAAGCGGAUCUUGCCCGUCUUUCGACCCUGGUGGCUUCGUCACUCGCCCGCAACGACCCUCGGCGGCGAGGAUCAAGGUCCCCACGGCGUCGCAGCCGACUUUACUUCGUGGUGGACCAGGCAUCCCACACCAAAUUCCUGGUCGAGACGGGCGCCGAAGUUAGCGUGCUCCCUGCCUCCGCCCUCGACAAACAGCUGGAUCUCACUGCCGUCAACAAUACCGGAAUUCCCGUGUACACGCAGGGCUCCCUCACCUUCAACCUAGGACUGGGACGAAACUUCCCAUGGUUAUUUUUGGUGGUCGCCGUCGACAGAUCCAUUUUGGGAGCAGAUUUUCUGAAUCACUUCCGCCUUACGGUCGACGUCGCUCGCAAGAGAGUCGCGGACAUGUUCACCUCACACUCCUUUCCAGCAGCCUCGGCUAGCGACCUUCCCCCUCCGGCCGGCCCAACCAUCUCUGCACUUAUGUUGCCAUAUGCGACCAUCCUGUGCGACUUUCCUAGCCUCACUUGUGCACCGGGCUGGACGAAGACGGUGACGCAUGAUUCCGUGCUCUAUAUCAACACCACUGGUGCACCCGUCUUCGCUCGCCCGCGUCGCUUGGCGCCCGAAAAGCUCAAGAUAGCUCGCGCUGAGAUCGACCACAUGCUCUCCAUUGGUGUCGCCCGUCCUUCUUCUAGCAACUGGUCAUCCGCACUUCACAUGGUGCCUAAGAAGACGGGGGACUGGCGCCCAUGUGGCGACUUUCGUGCAUUAAACCUGGUCACAACAACGGACCGGUAUCCCCUUCCGAGGCUUCAAGAUUUCACCAGCAACCUGCACGGCGCCAAAAUCUUCAGCAAAAUAGAUCUAAUGAAAGCGUACCACCAGAGGACAUAA